GGGGAAUUCAACUGCCUAAGAACGUCACUGAAGGAACGCUGAAUAGGUAACCGUACAACUCUAGCCAGACCAAAACAGGCUCUAAACCUCGCGAUUCUCUUCCUUCCCGCCAAUAACGCCCAACUCUCCACCGCCUCCGCCGCCUGGUCCAACCACCAACCCCCUUUCGUCAUGAACCGCCUCUUCGGCACGGCCCCCAAGGGCCCCAAACCGACCCUCAGCUCCGCGAUCGGCAACCUCGACGAGCGCAUCGCAAGCCUCGACGUCAAGCUAGCCUCCGUGAACGCCGAGCUGCAAGGCUACCAAGCCAAGAUCUCCAAGAUGCGCGACGGGCCGGGCAAGUCGGCGAUCAAGUCCAAAGCGCUAAAGGUGCUCCAGCGGCGCAAGAUGAUCGAGGCGCAGCGCGACCAGCUGCAGUCGCAGGCGUGGAACAUGGAGCAGGCCCAGGGCAUGCACGACAACCUCAAGAACACCAUGGCCACCGUCGACGCCCUCAAGACCACCAACCGCGAGCUGAAGAAGCAGUACGGCAAGGUCGACAUCGACCGCAUCGAGCGCCUCCAGGACGAGAUGGCCGACCUCAUGGACGUCGGCAACGAUAUACAGGAGACCCUCGCCCGCGGCUACGACGUGCCCGAGGACGUCGAUGAGGCGGAGCUCGACGCUGAGCUCGAGGCCCUCGGCUACGAGGCCGAGUUGGAAAGUGAGGGCCAGCUCGGCGCUGGUGCGCUUCCGAGUUUUAUGCAGGAUGAGCUGCCCGAAUUUAUUGACGAGGAACCUUUCACCGCGAAUAAGGAGGCGAAUAAGUUGAAAGAGGCGGCCGCGUGAGGGUAGGAGUGUAGGAAGAAAAACAAAAAAGAAAGAAAACGCGGGAAUGUUGGAAUGGAGGAUGGACGAUGGUCUGCUGCAUCGGCGACGAGCAUACCCUUUAUCAUAUCACAUGAGGCUAUAUGGCGACUACAUUGCGUGGCGAAACUACCAGGUAACGUGGAAUUGCUGGAGCACGGAGAUGACCUAAUCAUCCAGGAUUCGGCAGACUGGCUGGCGUUGGAGUUGGGGGCGGUCGCUUUUGUCGUUGGUAUUGGCUACCUAAAUUGAGCAAUUUCCUUUGUAUUUAUUUUAUUUGAGGCGCCCUGCGAGGAUAGCGCACUCCUUUCGCCUGUCCUAUGAGGUUUCUAUACGGCCCCGGCCCCGUAUCAUAUAUUAUCUUAUUCAUACGGUAUAAAAUAUACAAUAGUUU